ACUCUGUAAGGACACAUGGCAAGACAACCGCGCUCUAGGCAGGCGCCUGCCACUGUCUUUCACGCACACAACGGUCUCUCAUAGCUCGGCCUCUGGUACAGCCAAGUGCAGCUUCCGCUGUUAACAAAACCUUUUUACUCUCAGGGCACUAUGGAGGACAGCCUGAAUCAGUACAUUGGGGAGGGAAACGGGGAGCUCCAUCGGGUCAUUCGGAUUGGCACCAGAAAGAGCGAGCUUGCUCGCAUUCAGACAGACAGUGUGGCUGAAAAGCUCAAGGAGUUGUAUCCUGAUGUUGAACUGAAGAUAGUCCCCAUGUCUACGAUAGGAGACAAAAUCUUGGACACAGCUUUGUCAAAGAUUGGAGAGAAAAGUCUUUUCACAAAGGAGCUGGAAAACGCUCUUCAAAGAAAUGAGGUUGACCUCGUAGUGCACUCACUGAAGGAUCUUCCCACAGCACUGCCUGAGGGCUUCACCAUUGGAGCUGUACUUAAGCGUGAAAACCCUCAUGAUGCAGUUGUCUUACAUCCGAAGUAUGCAGGACAAACCCUGGACACACUGCCAGAGAAGAGCGUGAUUGGCACCAGUUCACUCCGCCGAGCAGCUCAGCUGAAGAAAAGAUUCCCUCACCUGGAGUUUAAUGACAUUAGAGGGAACCUGAACACGCGACUAAAGAAACUGGAUGAGAAGGAAGAGUUUGCCGCCAUUAUCCUGGCUGCAGCUGGACUGCGUCGUAUGGGCUGGGAGAGCCGCAUCAGUCAGGUCUUGGGCCCUGAUGAUUGCAUGUAUGCCGUUGGGCAGGGGGCACUGGCAGUGGAGGUGAGGGCGCAGGACCGGGACAUUGUGGAGAUGGUGUCUGUGCUGCACCACUUGGACACCGUACUGCGCUGCAUCGCAGAGAGGGCCUUCCUCAAACACCUGGAAGGUGGCUGCAGUGUGCCAGUUGCUGUUCACACUGAAGUUAAGGACUUCGAGCUCUACCUCACUGGUGCCGUGUACAGUCUUGAUGGUUCUGACAGUCUGAAAGAGACCAUGUGGACCAGUGUGACUCCAGCCAAUCAGGUGGAGGAGGAGGCGGCUAGUGAGGGGGUCCAGCGUGUGGGGGUCACCGCCCGCAACGUUUCAGGAGCGGCCCAGGAGGCUGCGGAGAAGCUGGGGGUGGAUCUGGCCAUGCUGCUGCUGGAGAGGGGAGCGGGAGAGAUCCUGACGGUGGCCCGCCAGCACAACGAGGCUCAGUAACUGAGGCCCACACCUGCUUCAUGCUCGCAUGACUUCUUGUCCAGCGGGUGUAGGCAGAGGGAGGCUGCCAGUGUGGAGCUUCGCCACCCAUCCGUGUGACCGUACCCCCACCACUCCCCUCUCCGAGUGACAUUAGCAACACACUGACCACCUUCUGAUCAGCCAAACAAAUUUCACUGAUCCGUCUCUGAUCAGCCAGUUGCAUCACUGACUAGACAGAUUCUUUCGGAUCAGCUAAAAACUGACACAAAACAUUAGUGACAAUUCUCAGAGGAAAUUACAAGAGCAGAGUUUUAGUAUCUGCAAUGGAGUCCCAUCUAAGCAUGGAUCUCUCAGUGUAAAAAUUACUUUUCUGAGAUGAAUACUAUGGAAAAUGGAGCUUAAGAUGGUUGUAUUCGUUUUCUGUUUUGGGGGCACAUCUGAUAUUUAAAGAUGGAAGCAACUAUAUACCAGCACAGCAUUAAACAUGUGUUAGACCAGAAAGAACUAACCAGCAGAUGCAUCUUCUGCCCCAGAGGCACAGACCUGAAGGAAAUGCUUAUAUAUGGUUGGAAUGCUCAUAUUUUAAGUGCUUUAUAUUUACAUUCCAUGUUUUGCAAAAGACAGUGCAGUCUGCUGGUUUUUUUGCACAUUUAUUAAAAUCUCUGGUUACACCACAUUCUCCGCAAAUCAGAUGGAUAGAUGUGUAAAUGUUCAGAGCACUUGCAAGCACAGCUGCUCAAGGUAUUGAUGCAUCAUUAGCUACAUUUUGAAGUUAUGCCAUGUUUACUCAAACUAAAGCAAAAAUAAAAAGCACACCCCCAAUCACUCAAGCAGAUAUGUGCCUUGAAAAUAAGGUUUUUGUGUAUAGCCCACAUCUACAGUUGCUGUCUUACAAGGUUGAAAUUAAGAAAGCACUAUCAUUAUUGGGGAGGAGUUACUGUCACGUGUGUAUUUUUGAAUAAAAGAGUGUUCCCU